AUGGAAAUAACACCGUUGAAUGGAAGCGUGGUGAGCAGGAGGUGGAGGAAGAGAGGGUACAGCAGACUGUCGCCGACAAACCGGAGAAGCCUGAAAGUGGUGAGGCUGAACAGCUCGAAGCGUUCAUGGAGGCUGCGGCUGGCGCCGAAGCUGCGGCUGAUGAGGCUGGCUUCGCCGCUAAAACUGUGGUACAAAUUCAAGAACGCCUACAUGAGUAUGAUGCUCAAGUUCGCCCACACCACGGGCACCUCCGACGCCGCCCUCGGCGCCAAGAGAAUCCCCAAAGCUCGGCAACCUGCCAUGGCCUAUUCCAGAACCGAGUUCGAGAACCGCCUCGUUCUCGAGAUUUAUAAAUCCAUGGUCGCUUCUCUUGAACUCGGCUACCACAAGUAG